AAAAGAGGCGGGGCAUGGCGCAUAUUUGGGUUGGAAGAAGAGCACGCAGUAACAGAGAUUGAGCAUUUGCAGUUUGUCGUCUUUCUUGUCAGUAAGUCAGUGAGGAGCGGGGCUGAGAAAACCUUCGGCGAACACAGACUUCCCUAGUGGACGCAGCAGAACAAACGGCUGGUCAUCAUGGCUCUGGAUGGAUGUGGUCUCGUCUGCAAAUACAUCCUCUUCCUCUUCAACCUCAUCUUUGCGAUGCUGGGAUUUGCCUUUCUGGGUCUGGGCUUGUGGCUGAGGUUCAGCGGUAACACCAGAGGCAUUUUCGAGAUCGAGGUCCUCAACUCAAGGGCUUUUUUCAUGGCUGUGACCGUGCUGAUCGCUCUGGGGACAGUGAUGCUGGUCGUGGUGGCGUUUGGAGACUACGGCGCCUGCAGUGAGAAAAGAUGUGCCCUGCAAGUGUUCUCCACUCUUCUGGCCAUUCUGGCUUUGGCUGAAGUUGUUGUUGGAGUGCUUGCUUAUUCCAGGAGUGAUGAGGUUGCGAUGAGCAUCGUGGAGUUCUACGGCAGCAUUUAUGCUCUGUAUUUGAAAAAUGGAGACCCAGUCAUUGGUGCCACUCUCACAUUCAUCCACAAAACGCUUCACUGCUGUGGAGUGACAGGGGUCCCGGUGGUAGAGUUGGCAAAAAUGACCUGUCCCAAACCAGAUGGGAUCUUUGAGCACAUCGUCAUGCCUAAUUGUCCUGGGGUCAUCGCAAAUGUCUUUGACAGUAAAGCACCACUGGUGAUGGGCAUCUUUGUUGGAACUGGAGCUCUUCUGAUUAUUGCCCUGGUCUGCGCCAUUGUCCUGCUGAAGCAGAUCAAGAGAGUCCAGCAGGAGGUCUCUGCCUACUACUCGACUGUGUACUAAGAAGUGGAUUCAGUUUCCAACCCAUACCCUCCUCUGCCUCAUCAACGAAGACCAUUGCUGGAAGUCAGGCUCAUCCAGCAAAUAAACGUGUACAGAUUGUUUUUUUCUCUGUACGUGAACCACUGAUUACACUAGUUUCAGAGCUGAGCUAGAGUUAAAAUGACAUUUUUAUAAUCCUAAAACAUUACAUUGUACUAAUAAUUUGACCCAUUGUGGGGAGAAAACAAAAACCUGCUUUGUUCAGAGCUGUUUACAACCAUCAGUAUUUUACUGUGCUUUUUAAAAUAAUCACACAGCAGCUCCUGGUUAAAUGGACGUUACUUAUAAUGAGCCAUUAUUCAUCCAACAAGAACUGUCACAGCUAGACAGAGUGUGCUUUCCUGCCUGACAGGCCCCUACAUCAUUGUGGACUACACGAUAAGUCAUCUGAGGCUGACAGCACAUCCGUUCACUAACAAACUGUUUGGUAGAGAAUGAGAGGCUGUAUUUUAAAUUCAACUUCUACUUGUCUGUUAGCUUUUAUGUUGCACUACGCUGACAGCAGCGCUUUAACACUGCUGCUGCUUUGUGAUUUUUGUUUGUUGCUGCAUGUGGAAGAGUUAAAUACUCACUAAACCACGGGACAGUUAUCGCUGUUUGUGUUAGAUUUAGGUAUAAAUGCAAAAGGGUUAAACUAUUUCAUUAGCUUUAUAAUCACAUCAGCCAUUAAGUAUGUCAGGGUGUAUGACUAGGCAGCUAGUUUCACUUUACCUAUUCAUUUCUAUACAUUCAGGUGUCAUGUUACAAUUACACAACAGACAAAAUUUUCAUUUGCUAUAGUUUUUGCAAAAAAAAAACAAAAAUGAUGAUGAUGACGGCCAUAGGACUGAUUCUGCAGGCUUAAACUGAUUGUAUAAACAUUUCAAGUGUUGCAUUGCUUUAGAGCUGUGAAGCAGAAGUGCAGCCUUCCUAUCAACGCUGGUAUGAAUCCGAGGGAAACACCUUGCCGUUAACGACAUUAUGCUAAUCAUUUGCAUUCCCAUGUUUUCCGUCUGUGGCCAAAUAGAAAUACAUAAAGUGUCCUGUUUAGAAAGAAAACUGAAUGCCUUGAAUUGCUUUUCAUGCUCAGCACUAUUUGAUUGCAUUAUAUUGUUUUUAAGUUCACACAUUUUGAAUAAAUAUUCCAGAGGGUUUUUCCCCUCGUCUUCCCGAA